CCUGAUGAUUCAACAAAGACGGUUGAACUGACUGAGGGCUUCUUUGGGCUCCGGGCCUUGAGUCGGGUUAUUAAUCAGAAGCUAAGUUAUGGUCAUAUAUCUCAUUACUUCAUUGUUCUUAUAUCCUGUGCGUGAUGUUGCUACUCUCCCACCGGCAACUCCAGUCGUCUGAUCUCCAGCACUUUUUUCCAUCGAAGUUCUUCUGCUGUCAAAGUCUGGCAAAUUAGCGAAUCUGAAGAGCUACAACAUGGAGGUCAAUCGCGACCCCGAGAAAGCGAUGUACCAGGCGAGUUCGCUCGGAAAGCCCUCCGGGCAAUCUCCCUCCCCAAUGGCGGACCCUAUCGUCAACUCCAGCGCGGAGCAGUCAGACGACGAGUCCGGCAAAAAGACCGACCCCCGAGACAUCUCACAAUGGCCCAUCACUCCAGAUAUACUACAAAUACGACAACGUAACGAGACCAACGGUGGGAAAUCGAAGAAACUGGGUGUGACAUGGCAGAACCUCAUAGUAAAGGGCAUCAGCAGUGAUGCGCUUUACAACGAAAAUGUUCUCUCUCAAUUCAACCCAUUCGGGAAGGGCAGUAAGAGCCCACCCCUGAAGACUAUUAUCGACAACUCUUCUGGAUGUGUCAAACCCGGUGAGAUGUUGCUUGUUCUUGGAAACCCAGGAGCCGGAUGCACAACACUACUUAGCGUUCUAUCAAACCAUAGACAUGGCUUCGCAGAAAUUACUGGCGACGUCUCGUUCGGUUCCAUGACCAGUCAAGAAGCCAAGCAAUAUCAUGGACAGAUCAUCAUGAACACAGAAGAGGAGAUCUUCUUUCCAGCUCUUUCAGUUAGUGACACCAUCGAUUUCGCCACACGUUUGAAGGUGCCCUUCCACCUGCCACCGGACAUUAAGAACGAGGAGAAGUAUGCCCAAAUAUACAAAGAAUUCCUCAUGAAGUCUCUCGGUAUCACACACACAAAGGAUACCAAGGUCGGAGAUGAGUUUAUUCGUGGUGUUUCGGGUGGCGAGCGCAAGCGAGUGUCCAUUCUCGAAUGCCUUGCGACUAGAGGCAGCGUCUUCUCCUGGGAUAACUCUACUCGUGGUCUCGACGCGAGCACUGCGCUAGAUUGGACGAAAGCCAUGCGCGCCAUGACAGAUAUUCUUGGUCUCACUACAAUUGCCAGUCUGUACCAAGCUGGUAAUGGCAUCUACGAGCAGUUCGACAAGAUUCUGAUUCUCGAUAACGGCAAGCAGGUCUUUUACGGACCUCGAGGUGAAGCUGUGCCAUACAUGGAGGAUCUUGGCUUCCUAUGCGACCCUGCAGCCAACAAGUCAGAUUUUCUCACGAGCGUAUCGGCACCUGCUGUACGCUCAAUUGCCCCAGACUUUGAGGACCGAUUUCCUCGAUCAAACGAGGAGCUGCUCGCUGCUUAUAACAACUCGCCCAUCAAGCCAAGGAUGAUGGCCGAGCUCGACUACCCCAAUAGCCCCGAAGCUCUGCAGAAUACGGCAGACUUCAAGGAACAGGAGGCUCAAGACAAGCACAAGAACCUCCCAAAGAAUGCUGCGGAGUCCGCAGGAUAUUUCCAUCAGGUGCAGACGGCUACCAUACGCCAAUUUCAGAUCCUCUGGGGCGACAAGCAAACCCUGUUCAUCAAGCAAGCCACAACUAUCGUUCAGGCGCUGAUCGGUGGCUCACUGUUCUAUAAUGCUCCGGACAAUACAGCGGGCUUGUUCAUCAAGGGAGGCUCACUCUUCUUCUCUCUACUAUAUCCUACCUUCAUCGCUCUCGCCGAGGUUACGGAUUCGUUCGUCGGUCGACCCGUCUUAGCCAAACACCGAGACUUCGCUCUCCACCAUCCAUCUGCCUUUGUCUUCGCCCAGGUCAUUACCGACAUCCCGAUCAUGCUCUUCCAAAUCUCGCACUUUGGAAUUGUGCUGUACUUCAUGACUGGAUUCCAGUACACCGCCCAGGCUUUCUUCAUCUUCUGGCUCAUCAACUUGAUCUCGGCCCUGGCUAUGACACAGCUGUUCAGGUUCAUCGGUGCCGCUUUCCCGAAUUUCGACGCAGCAACUAAAGCUUCUGGAUUCACCAUCGUCGCUGCCUUCACAUAUGCAGGAUACAUGAUUCCCAAGCCCGACAUGCACCCUUGGUUCGUUUGGUUCUUCUGGAUCGACCCCAUGGCAUACGCGUUCGAAGCAUUGCUCGCGAACGAGUUUCACGAUCAGGUGAUUCCUUGUGUUGGCCCAUUCCUGGUUCCAAAUGGCGAAGGAUAUAGCCCCGAAACAGGAGGCGGACAAGCAUGUACCGGCGUCCGUGGUGCGCCUCCUGGAGCAACCAGCGUUACUGGUGACCAAUACCUGGCUUCCAUGUCCUUCAGCCACAGCAAUCUUUGGCGCAACUUUGGCAUUCUCUGCGCGUGGUACGUUUUCUUCCUGGCAAUGACCGUCUUCUUUACUUCCAGGUGGAAGCAGAUGGGCGAAGGUGGUCGCGGCCUCCUCAUCCCUCGUGAGAAGCAGAAGAAGGUACCUAAGGCCGGGGUUGCGGAUGAGGAAUCCCAGGCUGUCGAGAAGCCAUCCGAGAGCUCCAGCUCCGAUUCCAAGAAGUCUGACGCAACCAUCGAUAAUCAGCUCGUUAAUAAUACAUCGGUCUUUACCUGGAAGAAUCUGACUUACACCGUCAAGACACCGCAUGGCGAUCGCCUUCUUCUCGACAACGUUCAAGGAUUUAUCAAGCCCGGUACGCUCGGUGCUCUUAUGGGAUCUUCAGGUGCCGGAAAGACUACAUUGCUCGAUGUUCUAGCUCAACGCAAAACUGAUGGUACCAUUCAUGGCUCCGUUCUAGUCGAUGGUCGCCCGCUCCCUGUGUCCUUCCAACGAUCUGCUGGCUACGUCGAACAGAUGGAUGUCCACGAGUCAUUGUCCACGGUACGCGAGGCUUUGGAAUUUUCUGCUCUUCUUCGUCAGAAUCGUGAAAUUCCCCGCGAGGAGAAGCUCCGCUAUGUGGACACGAUCGUCAGGCUUCUACAGUUGGAAGAUCUCGAGCACACCCUCAUCGGUCGGCCUAGUGCCGGUCUUUCAGUUGAACAGCGCAAGCGUCUCACAAUUGGUGUUGAGCUCGUAGCUAAGCCCAGUAUUUUGAUCUUCCUCGACGAACCUACCUCUGGUCUCGAUGGCCAAGCUGCAAACAACACGGUACGCUUCUUGCGCAAACUCGCGGAAGUCGGACAAGCUGUCCUCGUCACAAUUCAUCAGCCAUCGGCCGACCUCUUUGCCCAAUUCGACAGCCUCCUCCUACUGGCGAAGGGUGGCAAGACCGUAUACUUUGGCGAUAUCGGCCAUCAUGCAAGGAUCGUCAAGAAAUACUUCGCUGAUCAUGGCGCACCGUGCCCUCGAGAGGCCAACCCUGCUGAGCACAUGAUUGAGGUCGUAUCAGGAAGUCUUUCCAAGGGCAAGGACUGGAACCAAGUCUGGCUCAACUCGCCAGAACACGAGAAGAUCACUCAAGAGCUUGACACUCUUGUCGCUGAUGCUGCCGCCAAACAGCCUGGAACUUUCGACGAUGGCCAUCAAUUCGCAGCGCCCAUGUGGGAGCAGGUAAAGCUUGUCACACAUCGCAUGAACAUCUCCUUGUUCCGCAACACCGAGUACAUCAACAACAAGCUCAUCUUGCAUAUACUCCUGUCUCUUUACAACGGCUUUUCGUUCUGGUCGAUUGGUAACAGCGUCAGCGAUCUCCAGCAACGCCUCUUCACGGUCUUCAGUUUCCUGUUUGUCGCCCCCGGUCUCAUCUCCCAGCUUCAACCUAUCUUCAUCGAUCGUCGCAAUGUGUAUGAAACGCGCGAGAAGAAGAGUAAGACCUACCACUGGGUGCCAUUUGUCACUGGCUUGAUCGUUUCUGAGCUGCCCUACCUGGUCGUCUGCGCUGUGCUGUACUUUGUGUGUUGGUACUGGACUGCCGGAUUGCCAAAUGAUACCAAGUGGGCAGGCAGCACAUUCUUCGUUGCAAUGUUUUACGAGAUGUUGUACACCGGUAUUGGACAAUCGAUCGCCGCGUACGCUCCUAACGCAACCUUUGCAUCUCUCGUCAACCCACUGGUCAUCACCACCCUCGUAUCAUUCUGCGGUGUCUUCGCUCCUUACUCCCAGAUCACGGCGUUCUGGAGAUACUGGCUCUACUACCUCGAUCCCUUCAACUACCUCUUCGGCGCCUUCCUCACCUUUACCACCUUCUCCGUCGAUAUCACUUGCGAACGGGGCGAGCUUGCGGUCUUCAAUCCUCCUGCGAACGAGACAUGUGGCGACUAUCUUUCCACCUAUCAGCAUGGCAUGGGACGUGGUACGAACCUUCUGAACCCAGGCGCUACGGAGAACUGCGAAGUGUGCCGAUACACUACUGGACAAGACUACUUGAAGACACUCAACUUGAACGAAGAGUACUACGGCUGGAGGAAUGCGGGGCUGCUUGUAUUGUGGGCUGGAGUGUUCUACGCCCUGGUGUUCUUGAUGAUGAAGUUGCGAACCAAGGCGACGAAGAGGGCGUCUGCGUAGACGAAUGGUGUUUGCUGAAGAGUGAAAGAUUGCCAAGGUACCCUACUCGAAGGAGAGUAAAGACGGAGUGCGAAAUUGAGCGCAUAUGUGUUAGAACAGAUAAUAGAUUAUUCAAAACGAGCUUCACUGGACGAGACAAAGGUUACAUUCUACUUUCACCCAUUACGGCCGGGAUACAACUCUGUCAAUAUCUAGAUGCGGCGUAUAGCAAAGUAGAGCGAGCACUGGGCGAGCAAUCCCUUGCUAAGGACGUUAAAAAGCGGAAACGGUCGGAAACACCUCCUGAAGAUAUUAGGGCAGGUGAUGAAGCAAGGUAUGCCGAGCAAGAGGAGAGAGCAGCGAAGCGCGCGGAUCAUGACAUGGAUUACCAGGAGAAAUUAUCAACCAAGAGCCUCCCAAACUAGAAUACCAAAUAUGUUCCGCUCUGCUAAUGUGCUGGAAGGACAGAAGGCGAACCCAGGCAGCUCGCACCCCAACAGAUCACCAGUCACUACAGCUAGGAAGCUUUGAGAAUGCAAUAUGGUCUUAAUUACCUAAUGAAACUAUUACAACAGUCUAAGCUUGGCGCAAGUGCGUAAUUUUAUGAUCUAGGAUUUAAAUCUUCCUUUAUGCAGCUUUAAUACCACACCUGAAGCGAAGCCCUCUAGCAUACCGACUGAAUUGUCAAACUGAUCUGGAGUUUGGUGCUUUCUUUUUGGCCGAAGAAACAGAAUGUAGCAAGCUAACUAUCAUUAAUGUUCGCAGAAACUUCGGCAAUUUGGAACUAUCUAUGGUCCCUAAACACAAAUACGCUGAAAACUAACAAUGACACCUUUGAUGAUAGAUGGCCUUAUUACUACCUCCUAGAAAAGCCUAGGUUAUACCUCGAUGAGAUUACUGUCUUUCUCUAGGAUAGGUCCAAAACUAUAGUCACGACCUCUAGUAUUAGACGAGCCUUUAUUGCCAAAGGUUGGUCUAAAAAGACCGCCUAGCAAUGCACAAGCGAGCAGAAUGCUAAUUUCCGAGUCUAUUACCUACAUAGU